CACCUCAGCGGGACGGUAACGGAGCCGGCGACUGCGACAGAGCCCGAGAUGACCUACAAGGUGGCCAUCAGCUUCGACCGCUGCAAAAUCACCUCGGUGACGUGCGGCUGCGGGAACAAGGACAUUUUUUACUGCGCCCACGUCGUGGCGCUUUCGCUGUACCGGAUCCGCAAGCCGGACCAGGUCAAACUCCGUCUUCCCAUCUCAGAGACCCUUUUCCAGAUGAACAGGGACCAGCUGCAGAAGUUUGUUCAGUAUUUGAUCACGGCGCACCACACCGAGGUGCUGCCCACCGCCCAGAAGUUGGCUGAUGAGAUCCUCUCGUCCAACUCGGAGAUCAACCAAGUGCACGGUGCUCCCGACCCCACUGCUGGGGCCAGCAUCGACGACGAGAACUGCUGGCACUUGGACGAGGAGCAGGUCCGAGAGCAGGUGAAGCUGUUCCUAUCUCAGGGAGGGUACUACGGCUCGGGGAAGCAGCUCAACUCCAUGUUUGCCAAGGUGCGGGAGAUGCUGCGGAUGAGGGACUCCAACGGGGCCAGGAUGCUGACGCUGAUAACGGAGCAGUUCAUGGCCGACCCUCGCCUCUCCCUCUGGAGGCAGCAGGGCACGGGCAUAACGGAGAAGUGCCGGCAGCUCUGGGAUGAGCUGGGGGCGCUGUGGGUGUGCGUGGUGCUGAACCCGCACUGCAAGCUGGAGGAGAAGUCCUGCUGGCUCCGGCAGCUGCGCAAGUGGGGCGAGAUGGACGUGUGUCCCCUGGAAGAUGGCAAUUACGGUAACGAGCUUCCCAACAUCACUAACGCGCUUACGCAGAACUCCGGUCACAGCCAAGACUCGCUGGCCAGGCCCAGACGCACCGUGUUCACCCGGGCCAUCGAGGGCUGUGACCUCCACUGGCAGGACAGCCACCUGCAGCGCAUCAUCAGCAGCGACUUCUACGCGUCCCCCUCCUACCAGCGCGAGGGCGAGAGCCUCCUCUUCAACUCCCAGGGGCAGCCGCUGUGGCUAGAACACGUCCCCACAGCCUGUGCUCGGGUGGACGCGCUGCGCUCCCACGGCUACCCCAGAGAAGCUCUCCGGCUCACCGUCGCCAUCAUCAACACCCUGCGGCUGCAGCAGCAGAGGCAGGUGGAAAUCUAUAAGCACCAGAAGAAAGAGCUGCUGCAGCGAGGAGCAACUACCAUCACCAACCUGGAGGGCUGGGUGGGCCACCCUCUGAACCCCAUCGGCUGCCUCUUCCUCACCCUGACCGAAGCAUGCAGACUAGAAGAGGAAAACUGCCUUGAAAUCUCAGACGCCGGGGACUCCAAACCCCCUGUGUAUCAACACGUCCCCGUCGUGACCGGCAGCCAGGACGGCGGCGAAUCCUACCUGUCCCUGGCCUUAGAGGUGGCCCUGAUGGGCAUGGGCCAGCAGAGGGUGAUGCCCGAAGGUCUCUAUGCCCAGGACAAGGUGUGCCGCAACGAGGAGCAGAUCAUCGCCCGGCUGCAGGACCUGGAGCUGGACCCGGUGCUGGUGCAGACCCUGCGGAAGCAGUGCAUCCUGCUGCUGGAAGGUGGCCCCUUCAGCGGCUUAGGAGAAGUCAUCCACCGCGAGAGCGUCCCCAUGCACACCUUUGCCAAAUACCUGUUCUCCGCCCUGCUGCCCCACGACGCAGACCUGGCGUACAAGCUGGCUUUGCGGGCCAUGAGGUUGCCCGUCCUGGAGACCACGGCGCCGUCGGGCGAUGUGACUCACCCCCACCACCUGGUGUCGGUGGUCCCCAGCCGAUACCCGCGCUGGUUCACCCUGGGGCACCUGGAGUCGCAGCAGUGCGAGCUGGCCUCCACCAUGCUCACGGCAGCCAAAGGGGACAUGCUGCGCCUGCGCACGGUGCUGGAGGCCAUCCAGAAGAACAUCCACUCCUCCUCCUUGAUCUUCAAGCUGGCCCAGGACGCCUUCAAGAUCGCCACGCCGGCCGACAGCAACUCGGACACCACGCUGCUCAACGUGGCGCUGGAGCUGGGGCUGCAGGUGAUGCGCAUGACCCUGUCCACCCUCAACUGGCGGCGACGGGAAAUGGUGAGGUGGCUGGUGACGUGCGCUACCGAAGUGGACGACGUGCUCUGGGCCUGCGCCCUGAGCCACUCCCUGGGCAAAAACGAGCUGGCGGCCAUCAUCCCGCUGGUGGUGAAGAGCGUGCACUGCGCCACGGUGCUCUCGGACAUCCUACGCCGCUGCACCAUGACGGCCCCGGGGCUGGCCGGCAUCCCCGGCCGCAGGAACUCGGGGAAGCUGAUGUCCACCGACAAAGCCCCGCUGCGCAUCAGCCCGCGGCACUACGGGGAUUUCAUCGAGUUCCUCAGCAAGGCCAGGGAGACCUUCCUCCUGGCGCAGGACGGGCACAUACAGUUCGCCCAGUUCAUUGACAAUCUCAAACAAAUCUACAAAGGCAAGAAAAAACUGAUGCUGCUGGUGCGGGAGAGGUUCGGGUGA